AUGACAAGGCCUGUUCACUCACAUAACUUACCUCGGAAAUCAACAAAUUUCUUUUCUGGCAAUAAAAGUGAUUGGGCAUGCGAAUUUCCGAAUACACCGUUACCAGUUACAAAUGAAAAAUCAGCAUCAACUAAUUUGGUUUAUUCUUUACCAUUGGAUUAUCAAGACUUUUCUGUAAAAAACUCCUACCAACAGAUGCUUGACAGUUUGGCUAAUGAUUCAGCUCUACAUAAGGAAAUAUCACUUGGCAAACGUGUAGGUUUUUACAAAAUUGGUCAACAGCUUGGUUCCGGAAGCUUUUCGAAAGUUAAAAUUGGGAUUCACUGUUUGACUAAUGAAAUGGUAGCAAUGAAAAUUGUGGACAAAAUGAAAAUGGACCAAAAGGCACAGAAACUUUUAGCUCGUGAGAUAACAACGAUGGAGCUCCUUCACCACCCAAAUAUUAUUCGAUUUUUUGAAUGCUUGCAAACAAUAUCACGAACUUACCUCGUAAUGGAAUAUGCGGGUGGUGGCGAAUUGUAUACUUACGUUCAUGAUAAAGGCAAACUUCAGGAAGAUGAAUGCAAAUCUCUAUUUGCCCAAAUUGUCUCGGCUGUUUUUCACAUGCAUUCAAAAGACAUUGUUCAUCGCGAUAUUAAAGCAGAAAAUGUGAUCAUUUCAAAACCAGGAUGGGUCAAACUAACCGACUUUGGCUUUGCCUGCAAAGUUAUUCCAAACAAAUUCUUAUCGACAUUUUGUGGUUCACCGGCAUAUGCUGCACCUGAACUUUUCAACAAAAAAAAAUAUUUUGGAAAGAGCGUGGAUAUUUGGGCCAUAGGUAUUUUGCUUUACUUCAUGCUUGCUGGAAAUACACCAUUCCGUGGAGAGACAAUAGUUGAUCUGACAGAUUGUGUCUUGAGAGGUAUUUAUUCUCUACCUGAUUAUCUGAGUACACCUGCACAGCUUGCAAUUAGCAGAAUGCUUGUGGCUAAUCCUCGAGAUCGAAGCACUAUCGAGGAAGUAAAAGUAAAUGAGAGAUUGUUUUUACAUCUCACUUCCUUUCAUCUUUACUUAGCAUCCAUUUGUGCAUAA